AACAAGUGUACAUAUUAUUUUUACUUUUGACCAAAUAACGGCGGCAAAUACUGAAUAAGGGUAAGAAGAUAAGUUUCUCUGGAGAGAUAUUUGGCGGUUUUAGGGCUCUCCCUCAACCACUUUUGACGGCUUUUGUGUGUUUCAUUUCCUCUCUGUUUUCGUCUGCUCUUGUCUUCUUCCUCCGUGUCUCCCAACCUCGAUCCUAAAAGCUUGAAAUGUGAAUCGCUAGAGCUUAUACACGAUGUCCGAGAAGAAGCUGAAUCGUUAUACAAUGUCUAGCUCCACGAUCAAGAACCACCACGUGGCAGAACAUAACACCUCCUCCAGCAAAGCCUUGGUCACAGUCAAGUUAGAGAAGGAAGAAGAAGAAGAAUAUAACCUUCACAUAACUAGAAGCGUCCUCAAAAAAAGAAAACAACUCUCUCAAUCACCAGACAAAUCCAUAACCUUUGCAGUAAAGCGUGAACACAACACCACCUUUCAGAAUCAGAAAACCACUCGUUGGAACACUGAUAGGUAUCCAAAGACACAACCUUUAACAUCAUUCACACUUACCCUUUAUAUAAAGAUUGAUGCAGCGGAGGAAGCAAUGGAGGGUAUAUUAAAGGAGGUAGGAGCUACUUUUGAGACACCAAUCUCACGAGGGGAGUUAAGAGCAAUAGCAAGGAAGAAGAUUGGUGAUACUGGUUUGUUGGAUCAUUUAUUGAGGCAUAUUGAUGGGAAUGUGACACCUGGCGGUGCUGAUCGGUUUAGGAGGUGUUACAAUACUGAAGGAUAUAUGCAGUAUUGGCUUGAGAGUGCUGAUUUGCUUGAGAUUAAACGUGAGUCUGGUGUUGCUGAUCCUACUUGGGUUCCACCUCUUUGGUGGAAGUCGAAUAGAUUGAUUAAAGUUGAGCCUGGGGAUUGUGGUGAAGCGUCUUUGAAUCUUAAGGAAGCUGUUGAGAAAAUGAGGAGUGAUAUUAGAGAGCUUGUAGCUGAUGUGGUUCAUAUUAAGCGUGAAUCUGGAGUUCCUGAUUCUGAUUUGAUUCCUUUAGCUCAAUGGAAGGUUAAGAGUGCAUCACAUGAGUCAUCUGCUGUCUCUUCAAAGCUUAGGGAAGAAAUUGAUAAGAUGAAGAGUGAUAUCAAGAAACUUGAAUCCAAGCCAAAGUUACCAGAUCAUGCUGACGCAAAUGAGAAACUAUUCAAGGAAUGUAUGAGGUGGAAGGUAGAGACUGAUAAGAAAAUUGCAGAGAUCUCAACUUCAUUGACUUCAACACAGUGCAUGGUUAAGGAACUAGCUUCGUGGAAAGACAAAGUAGAACAUCAGCUUAUGGGCAUUUCAAACUCUCAGAACAAUCUGCAGGCAAAUGGGAGCAGAUCUCCUCAUAACUGGGAACAUCUAUUGCAUAGUGCCAACUUAGAUGAUUUUACAGUAAAUGGUUUCGAGCCAUGGAAUGUUGAAGCUGACCUUAACGAUGUUCUACCUGUGAGGCCUGAUGUUUACUCGUUUCCACCAAAUGCUCGCAAAAGCUCUUUACAAGAUCAUAUGUGGUUUGAGGAACAGUCAGUGCUCAACUCCGAAAUGCAAAGGACGGAUAGCUGCAUGACGAGAGGUGAUUCAAGAAGCUGUAAUCAGGACAAAGCAGAGAUGACUCCAGGUUCUUCAGUGACUGUUGGUCCAAGAUCAGAUAUUGACGACCCAAAUCUUCUUUCUCAGGAAACAUUGAAAGAGUUGGUGAGCUGGAAAGCUAAAGCAGAGCAGCAGUUAAUGGAAAUGUCAGAAGCUGUCCGUGAGCUUCAGGGAUAG